GAGUUCAUUCAGUUCAAGGAGAACAACGCGAAGCUGCAGGAGAGCCGGGGGAAAUCCGGGGAGCGGCGGAACAGCGCCCUGGAGGAGUGCUACGUUGUACAGACGGCCAUUGCCUCCAUGGCACAGGUCCCGCAGGCAUCCUCCAGAAGAUCCUCGGGCCCGGAGGAAGACGAGUUCGAGUACGAAGCUUCCAGGUCGCUUCUCGAUGAGGAGCGUGGUGUGUCGAGCAGAAGGACGCUGGAGACGAUGUUCAGCAGCAUCGCCGGCGUCAUCCACCAAGAGGAGCAGGACAGGUUCGCGCGAAUGCUGUUCAGAGCCACCCGCGGCAACACCUUCACCCACUUUCAGCAAAUCUUCGAGCCCAUGCAAGAUCCCAAGACGGGGCGCGAAGUCCACAAGUCCGUGUUUGUGAUCUACUUCCAGGACCACCGGAUGGGAAGCGCAGCGUCUGCCAUGAGCGAGAAGAUCAACAAGAUCUGCUCCUCCUUCGGCGUGCACACCUACCGCUGGCCGGCGAGUCGCACCGCGGCCCAGGAGAGGCACAGCAGCCUGAAGGUGCAGGUGGAGGAUCAACGAAGGCUUUUGAAGGCCCACGAGCACUUUGUGCACAGCGAGGCCGCCUCGCUGCUGGAGCCCACAGGACGUGGCCGGGACUCUUUGAUCGAAGAGUGGAGGCUCUUCUGCGUCAAGGAGAAGGCCAUUUACCACACCCUGAACCUCUUCGAGGGGAACAUGAACCUGCGCGCCAGCUGCUGGUACCCCGCAGCAGAAGAGGACAACAUCCGGGCUCUGUGCACCCAGCACUUUGCAUCGCAACGGGGCCAUUCCUCUGCGGUGCUGAUGCCACAUCGGAGCCCACCCCGGAAGCAGGCCCCGACGUACAUCCGCGUGAACGAGUUCACGUCUAUCUUCCAGACCCUCGUGGACACCUACGGCCUGCCAAGGUACCAAGAGGCCAACCCGGCGCUCUUUACCCUCGUCACGUUCCCUUUCCUCUUCGGCGUAAUGUACGGAGAUAUUGGUCACGGGCUUAUGCUGCUCUCUGUUGGCAUCUUCGCCAUGGUCAAGAAGGACGAGCUGAAGUACAGCUUCCCCACGCUGUAUCAAGCGCGGUACAUCCUCACAAUGAUGGGGGUCUUUGCCGUCUACUGCGGCUUCCUCUACAACGACUUCUUCUCCCUGGGCCUAAGCCUUUUCCAGUCGCGCUGGAGCGAGAUUCCUGCGGAUGCCAAGCAGCAUGAGACCGUGGUCUUGCAGCCGAAGUUCGACAGGGAGAACCGGGGAGGACUGGGACCCUACCCCUUCGGCCUGGACCCAGCUUGGCACGGAGCCCAGAACGAGCUGGUCUACUUGAACUCCAUGAAGAUGAAGCUCUCCGUUGUCCUCGGCGUGGUGCAAAUGUUCGUCGGCCUGCUGCUCCGCUUCGCCAACGCCAUGUACGACAAGAACAUGGUGGACUUCUGGUGCGAAUGUGUGCCGAUGCUGAUCUUCAUGCUGGGAUUCUUCGGGUUCAUGGACUACAUGAUCCUCUACAAGUGGGUCACGCCCAUGAGCAACCCGCCCAGCAUCAUCAACUCCAUGAUUGCCAUGGCGAUGUGGACAGAAGACCCGAAUCCCAUGUUUGGCAACGACCUGCCGAAGCUGCUGAUGGGAACUUGCAUGUUGGCGGUGCCCUUCAUGCUGAUUCCAAAACCCGUCAUCUUGAACAUGCGGCACAAGGCCAGCCGGCCUCCGCCGUGCAUGGGCCCGGGCGGCCUCCGCGGCUUCGGAAGUGGGCACAUGCCGCUCAGCGACGAGGAGUCGCUGAGGUCCGAGGACGAGGAAGAGGAGGAGGAGUUCGACCUCACCGAAUGCGUCAUCCACCAGGUGAUUGAGACCAUCGAGUACGUCCUGGGAACUGUGUCGCACACGGCCUCCUACCUCCGGCUCUGGGCGCUCUCCCUGGCGCACCAGCAGCUCUCCCUGGUCUUCUUCGGCAUGACGCUGCUUUCGGGGAUGGGAGCACCCUUCCCACUGAAUAUCAUUGCCACCUACGUGGCCUUCUACUUCUGGUUCGCCUCGACAGUGGGCAUCUUGCUGGGCAUGGACGUCAUGGAGUGCUUCCUGCACACUCUGCGCCUCCACUGGGUAGAGUUCCAAAGCAAGUUCUACAAGGCGGAUGGCUACGCGUUCACACCCUUCUGCCACAGAGAUCUCCUGCGCAAGGAGACGGACGAGUAG